CCCACUCUCCCGUUGUCUUUUCCCUCCCCGACCUGUCUUACCCCUUUCUUUUCUUCCUCUCCAUCUGUUUUCUAGCUUCGGCACUCCUGGAGGAACAUCUCUCGCCGGGUUUGGCGCUGAUUUUACCGGCUAUUCUGCCAUUCUAUACGCCAAAAUGGCGUCCCCCGCUCUUAAGAAAGCCAUCUCCGAGGCGGCAUUGACCUAUAUCAAGCCAGAAGGCAAAGUAUUCCAAUAUGGCACUGCAGGAUUUCGUAUGAAGGCGUAAGUCCUCCCGAAUGAUAUGAAAGCUCCCCCGGCCGUCGGUCCUGACCAACGCGCUCGCGCAGUGAACUUCUCAAUACCGUGGUUUUUGCAGUCGGGCUGCUCGCAGGGCUCCGGUCAAAAAAGCUGAGUGGUCAAUGGAUCGGUGUUAUGGUGACGGCGAGUCAUAACCCGGCUGAGGAUAAUGGUGUCAAGCUGGUCGAUCCGAUGGGCGAGAUGUUGGAAGCUGAAUGGGAAGCGUAUGCAACGAGACUCGCCAAUGCCCCGCUCGAGAAGAUCGCGGACGUUUACGAUGAACUUAUCAAGGAAAUCGAUGUAAAAAUGGAUAACCCUGCUCGCGUUGUUUAUGCUCGAGAUACCCGUGCAUCUGGUUCACGCCUUGUUGGCAUUUUGAACUCCGCUCUCACCGUCACCGAGACCGAAUUCCAAGAUCUGAAAUUCAUGACUACUCCUCAGCUCCAUUACGUCGUCCGUUGCAAGAAUACCUUGGGCACCCAGUAUGAAUACGGGGAGCCUUCUGAACAGGGCUACUACGAGAAACUUGCCGAAGCGUUUAAGAGAGUCAUGAAGGGCGUCAAGGUCAAAGGCGGUCUUACUGUUGACUGCGCAAACGGUGUUGGCGGCCCGAAACUGAGGGAACUCGUCAAGUAUUUGCCCAGCGCUGAAGCAGGUGGGGUGAACAUCAAGGUUGUCAAUGACGAUGUCAUCAAUCCGGAUAGACUGAACUUCGAGUGCGGUGCAGACUUUGUCAAGACAAAGCAGCGUGCUCCACCAUCGUCCAAGGCUGGCGUUCUCGACCGUUGUGCCUCCUUGGAUGGCGACGCUGACCGUCUUAUCUACUACUUCAUCGAUGAGAGUAAUGUCUUCAGGAUGCUCGACGGUGACCGUAUUUCGACACUCGCGGCUUCAUUCAUUGGCGACCUAGCUCGGAAUGCUGGUAUUGCGCAAAAGCUCAAGAUCGGUGUCGUUCAGACCGCUUAUGCCAAUGGCUCCAGCACAGACUACAUCGAAAAGGUUCUCAAGCUCCCUGUGAUUUGCACUAACACUGGUGUCAAACACCUUCAUCAUGCAGCUCUGCGCUUUGACGUUGGCGUUUACUUCGAGGCCAACGGACACGGAACUGUGACAUUUUCAGAGAACGCCCUGAAGGUCAUCAAGAGCACUGAGCCCCAGUCUCCGGCUCAACAGCGCGCCCUUGAAUGCCUCAAUGCACUUACAGAACUCAUCAAUCAAGCUGUUGGAGACGCCCUUUCAGACAUGCUUCUGGUCGAGGCUAUCCUUGCCCAUAAGAACUGGACUCCUCAGGAAUGGCUUGCUACAUAUACGGAUCUUCCCUCGCGUCUCGUUCGUGUCGAAGUCGGUGACCGCUCUCUCUUCAAAGCUUAUGAUGCUGAACGCAAACUCGAGUCGCCCGCCGGACUACAGACGAAGAUCGAUGCCCUUCAGUCUCGUUACAAUAAGGGACGGAGCUUUGCCCGUGCUAGCGGUACGGAAGAUGCAGUCCGCGUAUAUGCAGAGGCAGCGAGCCGUUCGGAAGCAGACGAUCUCGCUACACGCGUCGCAAAUGCUGUUCGUGAUGCUGGUACGGUUAAGAACGUCCUGCAGUCUUCCUGAGCUUCUACAGCGUUGGGUAAUCCGAUUUGACAUUAAGCCAGCUUAGUGUGGUCCUAACUGGUCGAGAAAUUACCCCAUCCCAAUUAUCUUCAUUCUCUUUGAAAUUUGACUUGGGGGCCAAAAAAAAAAAAAAA